UUUGAUUUUCUUUCACUUUCUCUCCGAUUUUUCCUUUUUCUCUCACUUUCUUGCCGUCCAAACGGGUAAAAGAAAUAAAAAAAACAAUGAAAAGAGAUGAUUUGUACAUUACGGUUCCCAGUCUUUUCAGGUGUCCGAUAUCAUUGGACGUGAUGAAAUCCCCAGUGAGCUUGUGCACCGGCGUAACUUACGACCGAGCCAGCAUCCAACGGUGGCUAGACAGCGGCAACAACACGUGUCCGGCCACGAUGCAAGUUCUUCAAAGCAAAGAAUUCGUUCCUAACAGGAAUUUACAACGACUCAUUCAGGUCUGGUUCGAUUCGGUUGCUCGGCGUCAAGUCGACGCCGAGCUGGCAGGUGCCAACUCAGGCGUUCCUUCUCAAGAUCAAGUCAAACUCUUGGUCAAACAGCUUGAUAGCAGUUGUCUUUCAUCGUUAAUGAAGAUUGUUUGUUUCGCGAGAGAAUCGGAGGAGAAUCGUGAAUUCCUCGCAAGAAUGGACGGGUUUUUUAACUCGGUAUUUGAUUUCAUGAGGAAAGCGGAAUCGGACAUCAAAUUAAUCGAACAAAUUGUUAGGAUUUUGGAUUUGAUUCAAAGCAAAAUUCAGGACAAGGAGCCGUUGCUGCAAUCAAAUUGCUUGUCAACGAUUCUUGUCAUUCUACAACGAGGAACUUCAGAUUCGCAAAUCCAAUCGCUUCGAUUACUGGAGUCCAUAGCAAUCGAUGGAGAAUCCAAGCUCAAAAUAGCCGAAAAAGAGGGCUUAUUGCUCCAAUUAGUGGAAUCAUUAAGCAAAGAGAAGGAUGAAAGACUGAUCGAGGCGAGCUUAUCCUGUUUGAGCACAAUCACAAAGCCUAAAAGAGUAAAACCCAAGCUAAUCCAAUAUCGAAUCAUCCCGAAACUAAAGAACCUCUUAUCCGAACCAAACAUGAGCGUUUCGGUAAUCGAGAAAUCACUAAAACUGCUGGAAACGUCAUCGUUUUGCAAAGAAGGGAGAGUGGAGAUACAGCAUGAUUCAAUAUUGUUACAGGCGAUUGUGCAGAAAGUACUCAAAGUAUCGAGCAAAGCGACGGAGCAUGCGGUGACGGUGCUUUGGAGCGUUUGUUGUUUGUUUAGAGAGGAGAAAGCUCGAGAAGCUGUGGUGAGUAGUAGCAACGGGAUGACCAAGUUCUUGUUGCUAAUGCAAAGAGAUUGUUCUUCAGCUAUUAAGCAAAUGUCAGCGGAUUUGCUCAAGAUUUUUCGGGUAAAAUCCAACUCUUGUUUGUCAAGUUACGAUACUAAGACUACGCAUAUUAUGCCCUGUUGAUGAAUUUGCUUUCUCCGUUACUUUCCCCUCCCUUUCUUUUCAUGUUCAAAUUGGCCAGG